CACAUCCGUCAUACAGUCCUUUCUCAUGGAUUGAGGCCCAUGUAGACCCUAGAGGUAGACCAUUUGGGCCAGAAGAUCCAGGGUUCCAAGUUCCCAGAGCACAGUCUAGAAUUGGGGGCCCAGGUUCCAGGUGGGCACUUCUUAGAUGCCCCUGGAGGGCAUCCAAGUGCUCAUCCCACAGGGAGGGAUACAAACAGAGGGGGUCAGAGUGGGACCCUCUGACUGGGUUCAAGGCAAUAUCGGUAUUCAGUACUGGCCUUGAAAACAGCCUCUGUUAGGAAGUUGAAGGCCUCAGAAGAGUUGGGGCUGAAGAAAGAGGCCAUCUACUGUGAAGAUGCAGUGUAACCUACAUUUUUUCACUUCUAAUCUAGUUCUUUUUCCACUCAAUCCACAAAACAUAUACUGUGGUAGGGUCUCUAUGACCUCUCUUCAGUUCAUCUGACUAUGACUAUAUCUGGUUCUUGGGUAAAGUAGAACAUAGAUUUAAGGAAAGAAAGAAACUAAUUCACUGUUGUGUCUCUACUAUGUGUUGAUGUGCUUAACUAGAAGAGUGAACAUUUGAAAGUUUAUGUAAGAUUUGGAUAAUGGGUCUUAAUCUAUGUAAAAUGCUGUGGGAAGUUUAAACACAUUAAUUUACAGAAAGAGAUGUGCUCCUGGGAAGAGUGGAAAGUUCAUAGAAUUUUUCUAAAUAUAAUCUUGUUUAACUGGACUUUGGGAGUGCUCAAUAUUGAAAAUAAGUGAGAUAAAGGGAGAACAUUCUUCAUAAACAAAUCAUCCUUCUAAUUAGCCUAUUCUGAUGAUUUGAUUUUAAUUGUAAUAUUUAAAGAGAAUCUAUGCUUGUAUUGCUGUGUUAACAUUUGUACAUCAAGCUGGGUUGUGUCUGAAGGGGCUAUGAAGGGCUUAUGGUCCAGCAUAUUAGUAAGAAUAAAAAACAUCAGACUUCAAACUUACUUAGUAAUAUGAGUGUUAGAAAAGACAGAGAGGCCAAAAUCAUAUCUCCUUUUCCUGCAUACUUCUCUUCCAGUUACGCCCUACCCAAUCUGUCCUACCCAUUCCACCCUCUCCCAGGACGCAGGCUUGUGUCCGCAGAACCGGUGGUUUCCUGGCUCCACUACAGGGAGAUAGCUGCAGGUGGUUCCUACCAAGUCAGCCUGGGAGGUGCAAGGUGGACAAGGUUUCUGAGACUGGGGAGGAGAGAAAAGAGCAGUGUCUCCAGCCCUCCAAAUCAGAGGGCUAUUUGCUUCUGCUUCUGCUGUCACUGCUCAGUGCCCAAUGGCCUGGGCUGUGCAGUCAAGGAUGUAGGGAGAGAGGACCUAGAGUGUCACCAGCCCAAGGGCUGAGGUGUAGAGGACCCUAGAGAUACCUCUAAGGAGGCAGUCUUGAAAGGGAUAUCCUUAGGUGGGUAGACACCAAGUGGGAGGCAAGAUGGGGUUCCCCAUUCUUGGGGGCUUUUGUUCACUGAAUGGGGAGUCCCCUUGCCCUUCCUCCUCCCUUUUAGGUUUCCUGAAAGCCCAUUGACACUCUCCGACAACUACAUUUAGCUUCCAGAGAAUACUGCCCUUUGAGUACAAUCUCCAACUCUGUCAGUGGGCAAAUGCCAGUGGGGGAGCUGAGUCACAGGCACAUGAUACAGGGUUAGGAGGUGAUGGGGACCAAGCUCCACUGGAGGAUGAUAUAUUCUUCCAGACCCCCUGUAUCUUUCCUUCUACACUUGCGGUUUUACCCUCAUUGCUUUCCCCCACUUACUCCAUAUCUUCAGGGAUUGUGUAUUUCUGUGUCAGAAGAAGGAUGUUUGUAAACCUACCUAUCAGGGAUUGGUGAUUUUGUGUGUCCAAGCCAAGUAUCUUUUAUAUGGGUAUCUAAUGAGUCCCUGGGUGUGGUGGUAUGAAGAGUUAGAAAGCUCAGAAAUGGAAAAUAAAUUUAACGGUUCAGAGUAGCAAAUGAAUACAGCUUGCCCAUUUGCAUUUUCCCUUUCAUUCUGACUCAUCUUCCCCUCUCCCCACCCUAUUAUUGCCCCUCGACCAGCCCCACCCACUGACACACCCUGUCUAACCUAGGAAGGGUUAACAUCUGCCUGUACCCAAGCUAGGAAAAUCAUGUUGGGUCUGGAGGCAGACAGUAGAAGGCUGGUCUGAACCAAAUUUUGGGGUCCUGGAACCAAAUAAAGAAACAAGAGUUUUGAGACAUAUUUGAGUCUAGAAGGGGACCAGAUCUACAGGAGAAACCGAGGGGGAACUAGACUGUGUCCUGUCACCAGAGCAGUGACCAGGACUUGACUUGUUUAUCUUCCAGUGAUUUAUUUGGACAGAUAUGUUCUGCCAGGCACAUAUCGUAAGUAUGCCGGUUGAAUGAACAAUUUGCACAGGAUUGAGAUAUUUGGAAUAAUAAGAAACAGAAGAAGAAAUUUGAGCCUCUCAGACCUCAUCCUUUCCUCAGGUUAAAGAGUGCUACAGUGUGAAAAGAGGGGAAAUCUCUUGAGGACCUUGACCCCUUGGGCAGGAAGUGAAAGAAACCCCAGAGUCCUGAUUUCAGAGAAAUGUCAUUUGUCAUCAACCCAAGAAAAGGAGUUUUUCUCUUCGAAGACCACCACAGGCCCUUCCUGGGGUGGCCCCCUUCAGAGCUUGAGGGGAGGAUCUGAGUCACCCACACACCCAGUCCCCAGUGGUGGCCCAGAUGACAGGGGUCAUUCCUACACAGCAAUUAAGACUUCCUCAUACCAAGUCCGGAAAAGGGAGGAGGCGGUGGCAUGCUUUUAGUCCUCCCCCACUCUCCUUGGAAUCCAGAUGUUUCAGUCCGUUUUGCUUCUGAGGUAGUAGAAAUGGCUUCCAGAUGCUGGAGCUCUACUGACACCGCUCAGAAACAUAAUUAAUCCUAUCUGAAUGAUGCUCUGUCCUGCCAGACCAUUUUCCCAUUCAUCAUGUCCUCUUAUCUACACCCUCGCUUCCAAAUGAAGUAAGCGAAGGUUAGCCCUAUUUCAUAGAUGAGGUAACUGAGGCUCAGAGAGGCAACUUGCCCAGGGGUGACUCAACUAGUAAAUGGCAGAGAUAUGACUCAAAUGCAGGUCUGAUUAUUCCAAAGUUCUUGUCGCCUCAGACACACUCUUUGACUCUAGAAAUUCGCAAAUUUAAUAAGGAGACAGGUUGGGAGGCAGAAUGUCUUAGUUCUGGAAGUAGAAGGGGUGAUCUCUCCUGUGAAGCACAGCCAGGGGUAUAAAACCACACCCCCUUGGGGAACUCUGGCAGACUGGGACACCCAGUGGAAGACUGUGAGGUCAGGGGCGGGGCUAGCUCCAGGGGGGGCCCAGGAGCCCCAACAGCAGUUCAGAGCAUGUGGUGUCCAGGAGGAAGCUACAACUGGUGAGUGGUUGCUUCUCCCCAAUAGAGACUUUCCUCCCCUUUCUGUCCACUUCCUGCCAACCUGUGGCCCUCUCCCUGAGAUGGCCAGGCAGCACCCUCCCUCCCACAGGGCUCCUUACACCAAGGAAUAUAUGCCUGCUGGGAGCUGAGACAUUUAGGUCUGCCUCUUAGUUUCUAGGUUCCCAGUUCUCUUCCUAAAAGCCCAUGUGGUGGUUUGGAUGGGCGAUAAAAUUCUGCCUUGUUGGGCUCUAUCUUUCUGUUCUUUGCUUUUGGCCUACGAAAAACAAAAUUAAACCACCUCUUUAUUCUAAUAUUGAGAGGAAAUAGCUUCCCCCUCUACAGUUCCCGUUUUCUUUUCUCCUGCCUCCUCAGGGGUCAAAGUCUUCUCCAAAAGCCCUCUCUAUCCAUGGGCUGGGAACCUUCUCUCCUGUGGCUUCUCACUUGCUCUCUUAAAUCACUGAAUGGGAGUCUCUGGUCUCUUCCAGUUCCUUCUCAAAGGAUGCGUUCUAGAAAUUUCAGCCCCAGGGAAAGAAUCGAUUGCUGCUUUAGAGGCUGCCCUCCUGCAGCUAGGACCCAUCUUGCUGCCCUUUCUGCAUCCCAGGACCCUCAGCUCAAUGUGAGGGGCUUGUGGGCAGAGGAUACUAGCUUUCUAAACUCUCCCACAAAGCCGUAUCUUGCUCUAUUGAGGAAAGCCUGGCCUGUCCAGAGGUCUUUCCCUGCAGAGAGGCUUGGAAAAGCAGAAAUAUCAAUGUUUGCUAUCUUUCAAGUCAGACUGCCAACUGGCAGGACCCAUCUAUACUAGUCUUAAGUCCACUACUUGAUAUAGUUGUUACCUGCCUGGUCCUUUUUCUGAAUUUGCUCUAAUUUCCAUUCUCCUGCCACCCCACCCCCCAGCCCCAUUAUGAUUCUGGUUAAGUUCAGGUCCUCUCUUGGGUUAGUUUAUUUGUUCCAUUCAGGACAAAGAGCUAUGACCCAAACCCAGCAACUCACUCUUUCUUCCCUCACCUCCACAGGCUUGAGAAUAUGCUGUUCCUCCCUCCCCUUUCUACCAUGGACCCCACACUGUGGCCCCUUUCUCAGAACCUCUGAGACUGGUACCAGGCAAGGCACAAUGCCACUGUCCCCGACAAGACUGCCUAGCCCCUACGGCUCUGACCGGCUGGUACGGCUAGCAGCCAGGCUCCGGCCAGCACUCUGUGAUACCCUGAUCACUGUGGGGAGUCAGGAGUUCCCUGCCCACAGCCUGGUGCUGGCAGGUGUGAGCCAGCAGAUGGGCCGCAGAGGCCGCUGGACUCUGGGGAAAGGCAUCAGCCCUUCCACCUUUGCCCAGCUUCUGUACUUUGUUUAUGGGGAAAGCAUAGAGCUGCAGCCUGGGGAGCUGGGGCCCCUUGAGGAGGCAGCCAGGGCCCUGGGGGUGCAGUCCCUGGAAGAGGCAUGCAGGAGGGCUCGAAGGCACAGGGCUAGAGAAGAACUGGGUCCAGGACUGAAAGAACAUCAGGAGGAGCCAGAGAAACCCAUAAGGGAUUCUGAGAGAGGCCUCGGGGACCUUGGAGAGAACCAGAGGCCAGAGAAGUCUGUUAGAGCUGGUAGGAGAGAACGGGAGGCAGUGCAUGGGCACAAGCCACCAGGAGAGAACCCUGAGAUGGCAGAGGCAAUGCGGGAGGAUCAGGGGGAGCAGACGAGAUCAAGGGAGAAACUCAACCAAUUUGCCGUUGGCCAUGGAGGAACAGAUGGGAAGCAAGAAGCAAUUAUGUGGUUGAGGGGGAGUUCAGGGGGAUCUGAAGAAAGUCUGCGGGAGUUCCCUGGUCCCCUGCCCCCACCAGGUUCCCUCCAAACCAGCAUCAUCCCCAGGCCCUGGUGGGCUGAGGCCCCUUGGCUGGGGGAGGACCAGCCUGCUCUGUGGAGCAUCCUGCUGUUGCCGCCCAGAUACGGCACUCCCUUCUCCCAUAGCACUCCCACCCCGGGAGCCUGGCAGGAGGUCUGGCCUCAGGACCAGAGGAUCCCACUGUCCCUGAACCCCCAUGAAGGUCUCUGGAGCCAAAACCAGUUAGCCUCCCCCAGCCCCACCCCAGGUUCUCUCCCCCAGGGCCCUUCUCAGCUCAGCCCUGGGGAGAUGGAAGAGUCUUGUCAGAGGCACACAGGUGCACUUGCAACCUGUGUGGGUUAUGUGGGCACAGCAGACCGCUCAACCUGCCAACAUCCUCCCCCACCCGCUCCUGCUCGGUCUCGGCCUUACUCUUGCUCUGUCUGUGGAAAGAGGUUUUCACUCAAGCAUCAGAUGGAGACGCACUACCGAGUCCACACAGGAGAGAAGCCCUUCUCCUGUAGCCUCUGUCCCCAGCGCUCCCGGGACUUCUCUGCCAUGGCCAAGCAUCUGCGGACGCACGGGGCCGCACCCUACCGCUGCUCUCUGUGCCAGGCCGGCUGCCCCAGCCUGGCCUCCAUGCAGGCACACAUGCGAGGCCACUCGCCCAGCCAGCUCCCGCCAGGAUGGACCAUUCGUUCCACCUUCCUCUACUCCUCCUCCCCUGAGCCUUCUCGGGCCUCGACCUCUCCCUAUAGGCCCCCUUCCUCCACCACCUGAUGGGGUGUCGGUAGCUUCUUUGGCUUCAGCCAGGAGUAAAAUUAAAGAAUGAAAGAAGACGGGCCGACGAGUUGGCUAGGCUUCUGAUCCCGCAGCACGGCUACAGCAGCCUAGCAAAUUCAAGCUCCAAGAAGCGCCGCAGGUAGGGUGCCGAGAACGCUCUCCCAGAUGACCGCGGUCAGCAGAAGCCUGGGCCAGUUCCCGUGUGGGGAGGGCAGUGACUUUUCCACGACAGAAAGUUAACUACGCGGGGACUGGCGAUUUCAUCACCAAAAUAAAGUUUCCUGUGCCCUCCUCUAAGGAAAGAAAGCCUAGUCCAGAUUUCAGUCUGCGCGGGCUGGGGGUAGCAGGGGUGCGGACAGCCUUGCCCCUUGUCCUGUAGCGGCCCCUAGUGGCCAUUCUUCUGCUGUUCAGCGCGGCAGCCACAUGCGUCUCCCGCGGCUCUCCGGCCUCCCCCGGAGGGUGUGAGGGCUCGGUAUCCACGCUGACUUAGUGGUGUCCAGCCUUGGUUGUGGUGGGAGGCUGUGAGAACCCAAGCCACUCGCCCCUCAUCACAGCAAGUAAAGGGGCACGGGGUCUGAGUCCCGGCCCCGUGGCCCAGGGCUCAAGAGGAACGCGAGCCCUGCCCCUCUUUCGGCCACCCGUCUCUUCUCCUUGAGCACAAGAGCCGAAAGGCUGCAGCCUCCUGGGCACCUUCCCUCCACGCUGUGCGGAAGAGCUACCAGGUCGUGCCUCGAACUAAGUCUAA